AUGAAGGAGAUAAAAGAACCUGACACGAAAUUCUGGGAUCUCUACAGCGCUUCUUUAGUACACCGCUCCCAUGAUCAAACCACCGUCUUGCAGUUGCUUAUCAAACACACAGCUUGUGGGAACGAUGUUAGCUCGCCUGAAGGUUCUCUAAAAUUGAAAAAAUGCCAGAAAUCCUAA